AUGGCUGCGCCAUCGAACAAUAAGCCUACAAAGGCGUUACAGUCGCAGACUCCACCUAAUAGUGCAUCAUCCAGACUGGAGAAAAUGCACCCUGGUAUUCGGCGUUCAACACCCGACUCAGAGGCGUUGGCGUCUUCUGAUGAUGACGGAGACCACACCCUGCACACAUCUACUACAGCAGUGCCUGCGCAAAAGCCUGCGCGUCGUACCUCUUGGCUCAAUGAAAUUCCAGCUGUCAUGCCCCGCAAAGCGUCGCUAUCCGGACCGCUUUCUACGGGUGCUUCGAAUCCCACCAGUCCUGUAACAGAUCAAUCCGCCUGGCAAGCGAACGCCAGUCCCGGAUUGAACAGCUCUAUCACUUGGAAUAAUGUCGGCAACACCUCAUUCCCAUGGGGCACCGGGAUCUGGAAUACUGAGUCGCGCAAAGAGCCGCCUCCACGACUUGCUGAAAUCGUUCCAUCUCCGACCAUGUCCAAUCCUUCUACCGUCAGCAACUAUUUGACUGAGGAAAUGUUGAGUCCGACCACUCGAACGACUUCUGGUGAUUCAUCAAUCCCAUUUUCCAUUCCUCUCCAUCCGACGCCCAAGACCUACCGUUCGCAAUCAUACUCCGUCGGCCAGCUAGACCCCGAGUAUUUAAAUCUGGGUCCCAACAAGUCUGGCGCCAGUUACUCUGCUGGUCGCCCUCGAAAUGGCGCUCAAUUCUCUGCAUUACAGCAUCGUACAUCGCGCCCUAGUCUUCUUGGGGAGCUUGGUCAUGACCCCGCUACCCUUGGCCGUGUGCGCGAAGACGACGACGACGACGAAGCAGGAAGCCCUAAUGGUUCAGAUGGGAGCUACAGCAACCAUGCUGCCAACCAAGCUCGUACUAUUGAGCAGCUCUCUAGAGAAAAUGCGCUCUUGCGCCAGGCAGCUGGGCAAAUGGAUAAUUCCUUCAGGGAACGUGCCAUGUCAUCUACGUCUGCAACGAGCGGGUACGCUGUCGGUUCUGGUAUUCGUAAUCUGCAUCGUAUCCGCGGAAGUGUUCCUGAGGAAGCAGAUCUGGCGGUGGAAGAUCUUGAUGAAGUCGGUGACAUUCCUGGUUACAACGACAUCUACAAUAACCCCCGGAGAAGGUUCUCUGAACAUUCCGUUAACCUAGAGAAACAAUUCCCCGCCUUCACUCCACUGGAAAAUCGUGCACUGGAGAAUGUCAGAAAGGCUCAUUGGCAGACUUCCCUCGGGUUCGGUAGCCUUGGAGAUAUCUCCCAAAGUCGCCGGCAUUCUUUCGCCGAAAUACCUAUCCGGCAUCCUUCUAUUUCAGGAGAGUCGCAGGUCGGAGGUACCGCUCGAGUUGGAUUGGGAGAACAGGAAGAGAACUAUGCGAAUAUCAGCGAAGGUUCCAUUCCAAGUGCUCCAGGCCAAAAUCGUGAGUCCCAGCGUUUUCAUAUGGCCCCUCGCCCCGAGGAACAUGAAAUGGAGACGGAGUAUUUACGAGCUCGUCGAUUUGCAGAAUCCUAUUUCGCCCGUGAUUCAUCCCUCCGCACUGCUGCGGAUGCCCAGUCACCAAUCCCAACCUCGCUUCACCAAGCUUACAGUGCGUAUGGUCGCCACCAACCAGGCCUCGCGCAUCCGCACCAGAAUCAGCUCCUAUACAUUGUCACGUUUAAGUGCCACCGUGCAGACGUCUUCUAUAUCCAAGAGGAUACUGGUCUUCAAGUGAAGCCUGGAGAUUUAGUCAUUGUCGAAGCAGAUCGUGGCACGGAUCUCGGAACUAUACAGCAUGCCAACGUUUCGCUCCAAAAGGCACGAGAACUCAAGCAGAAGUACGCCGAGGAACAUUACAAGUGGUUGAUGAUGUUCUCGAGACAAGGCCAGAGUGGAGCAGGGAGUGUUGUCAGCACCCCAGGAAAUGUUUCUGCCAUGAACAACAGAAGCGCAAUCGGUGGCAUGGGGCCUCAUGGUCCACAUGGAGUGCAAGAGUCUGCUGCUGACAUCAAGCCGAAAUUGAUCAAGAGGCUUGCCCAAAACCAUGAAAUCCUCACUCUACGUGAUAAGGAAGGAAAUGAAGCCAAAGCUAAGCGCGUCUGCCAGCAAAAGGUUGCGGAACAUCGGCUUAACAUGGAAAUUCUGGAUGCAGAAUUCCAAAUGGACUGGAAAAAACUUACCUUCUAUUAUUUUGCCGACUCAUACAUCAAUUUCAACUCCCUUGUCACCGAUCUAUUCAAGAUUUACAAAACCAGGAUUUGGAUGUCGGCCAUUAACCCAGCAUCCUUUGUCACCCCUCCAACUGCAGGCCUGCAAGCCCCCAACCCCCUAGGAUAUAACCCAGAUACCCAAACAGAUCAUUCUCACCAACGCGAUGCUAGACCCUAUGGGCACACGCGUGAUGGUAUUGAUGCUGGGCAAGAUGGCAACCAGAUGGGUUUGCUCCGCAGUGGAUACGGAGACACCUACCAGCCUUUUGGUCAUACUCCCCGGCAAACCGAUACUAGCCUCAGUGGUCUCGGUUCGGUUGACCCUUUCACCGCGUAUCCACCGAGCGCAUAUGGUCAAUUGGAGCCUGGAUACAAUGACUAUGCUACAACUCCUGGCGCAAAUACUGGCCCCUCUCGCAUUCAUCCUGCAUCAGGCGAGUGGAUGAACCGGUUCCAGGGUUUAUCGCUCAACUCUUGA